ACCCAUUCUCCAUAUAACAGUCUCGAAAUAAGUUUUCAGAUAUAGAAACGAGGGUGUGAGAAAUGGCAGUUGACAUUUAUUGCAAUCUUGUUGAUAGGAGGAUGGGUUACUGCUGGAGUCAUAAAACCGACCCGUUUCUGGUUGUGGCUAGAGGUUCAGGUUUCUUUAAAGCAAUCAGAGCGAGUGUUGACGCCGGAAACCGGUUCCGAUUACGGCUACCGGCGAUGACGAACAACCUCACCACCACCAACCGGCACAGUCAUCUACCCGCUCGUAAUUCAGCGGUAUUAAAGCGUAAAGCGGUUGUUAUCGGUGAGGCUGUUGCUUCCGAUGAUGCUGAUCGGAUCUUCCCUGAUCAAGAUUUUGCCCAACAGGCUCAUGUUCCCGAUUUUGGAAAGUAUCUGGAGAUGUAUACGUGGUCGAUUGAAGACCCGGCCGGAUUUUGGUCGGAAAUGGCUGAUGGUUUCUACUGGAAGAAGAAAUGGGGUCAACAGGUCAACUCUGAGAAUCUUGAUAUCACUAAAGGGAAUAUCAAGAUAGAGUGGUUCAAGGGUGGAAUCACCAACAUAUGCUAUAACUGUUUGGAUAGAAAUAUAGAAUCCGGAAAUGGUGAGAAGAUCGCGAUUCAUUGGGAAGGAAAUGACCGCGGUGUUGAUGACUCGUUGACUUACAAUCAGCUUCUAGAUAGAGUUUGCCAGCUUGCGAAUUACUUGAAAGAAAAUGGAGUUAAAAAGGGCGAUUCCGUGAUUAUUUACUUACCUAUGCUCAUGGAACUGCCAAUCUCCAUGCUCGCAUGUGCUCGUAUUGGAGCUGUUCAUUCGGUUGUUUUUGCUGGAUUCUCUGCAGAAUCUCUUGAACAAAGAAUUAUCGACUGCAAGCCGAAGAUUGUGAUAACUUGUAACGCGGUUAAACGAGGCACAAAAGUCAUCAAUCUUAAGGAUAUUGUUGAUUCUGCACUCUCGGAAUCAUCUCAAAACGGAGUCCAUGUUGGUUUAUGUUUGACUUAUGCAAAUGAACCAGCAAUGAAAAGGGAAGAUACUAAAUGGCAAAAACAAAGAGAUGUUUGGUGGCAGGAUGUUGUUCCAAAAUGUUCUACUAAAUGCGAUGUAGAGUGGGUUGAUGCAGAGGAUCCGCUUUUUCUUCUCUAUACGAGUGGAAGCACAGGAAAGCCUAAGGGCGUUCUGCAUACUACAGGAGGAUACAUGGUAUACACUGCAGCAACAUUCAAAUAUGCAUUCGACUACAAACCAUCGGAUAUAUACUGGUGUACAGCUGACUGUGGUUGGAUUACCGGACACAGCUACGUUGCUUAUGGACCUCUGCUUAACGGAGCAACAGUUCUUGUUUACGAAGGGGUUCCUAAUUAUCCAGAUCCUGGAAGAUGUUGGGAUAUCGUUGACAAGUACAAGGUGACGAUAUUCUACACUGCUCCUACAUUGGUGCGGUCUCUUAUGCGUGACGGUAACGAGUAUGUGACUCGGUAUUCUCGUAAAUCUUUACGAGUCCUUGGUAGUGUAGGCGAGCCAAUCAAUCCAAGUGCAUGGAGGUGGUUUUACAAUGUAGUUGGAGAUUCAAGGUGUCCGAUAUCCGACACUUGGUGGCAAACAGAGACCGGUGGUUUCAUGAUCACUCCUUUGCCCGGUGCAUGGCCUCAAAAACCAGGUUCUGCCACAUUUCCGUUUUUCGGGGUUCAGCCAGCCAUAGUGGACGAAAAGGGAAAGGAAAUGGAAGGUGAGUGCAGCGGCUAUUUAUGCGUUAAAACCUCAUGGCCCGGAGCAUUCCGAACUCUUUUCGGAGAUCAUGAAAGAUACGAAACAACUUAUUUCAGCGCGUUCCCUGGUUAUUAUUUCAGCGGUGAUGGCUGCAGUAGAGACAAGGACGGAUAUUAUUGGCUCACUGGAAGAGUAGAUGACGUUAUUAACGUCAGUGGACACCGAAUCGGCACAGCAGAAGUCGAAUCGGCUCUAGUUUCACAUCCUAAAUGUGCCGAAGCUGCCGUUGUUGGUGUUGAACAUGAGGUCAAAGGCCAGUGUAUAUAUGCGUUUGUGACUCCGGUUGAGGGUGUCGAGUAUAGUGAAGAUCUUAAAAAGAGUCUUGUGCUUUCAGUCCGAACCAAUAUUGGAGCGUUUGCAGCGCCCGACAAAAUUCAUUGGGCGCCGGGUCUUCCGAAGACAAGAAGUGGGAAAAUAAUGAGAAGAAUUUUGAGGAAAAUUGCUUCUCGGCAGCUAGAUGAGCUUGGGGAUACAAGCACGUUAGCAGAUCCAAAUGUUGUUGACCAACUUAUCGCGCUUGCUGAUUCAUAGAUAGCAAGUCAGGGGUUUCCCUUGAAGAAGCCUCGGCGAUAGGGAUUGAUUUCAGGUACUUGAUUGAGGAGUCUUGACCUUUUUGGCUGAAGACUAGCAUUCAUAUUCAAGACAUUUAUCUUGAUUUGAGGCCUAUUGAAAUUUAUAUUUGCUUAACUUUUGAAAUGGGCGACUUAUUCUUCCAUGAUGGUUUCAUGACAUUACAGCCCUAAACUAUCUUUUUUUUUUGAACGGCAACAAUGAUAUAUUAUAUCAAACAACCUUUCCACUCUGCA